CGAAGAAGCGAUGCAUUGCUACUGAAUCCAGUUUUUAAUCUGCCCAAACUCAGCCCAAUCUUGUAUUAAUAUGGAUUUUAUUAUGAAAUCAGAUGUGCUACCGGAAGUUGUGCAUUGUUUAUUUUGUGACACUUGAAUAUUUUGGGUGAUUUUCAUCGGUUAACUGUACAGGUGCGCCUGGACAAUUGUGCGUAAUUUUCUAUGGGCAACAAUAGCGUGUUUACUGUGUGAAUGCAUGCUGUUUGGCGUUUUAGGAAGACAUUUGCGUCUGAAAACGUGCAACUGGGGCAUGCAUUCACUUUAACACAGCGGACCAACAAGCUGCUGUAGUCAGUGGCAGAUUCUCGGGAAUAAAACGACGUACUGUUUUUUUCUUCCUGCAAUAACACUGGAUUACUGGAGCUGCAAGAGGAGGCUCUGAAGACAGAUUUGGGCUUUACGGAUGAAGGGAAACAUAUGAUCACAGACGUGAAACGACAGGUUUGUUUUCAGAUUUGCAACUCGUUUUUUUUCUUCAGAUUUUCUGUCGGCGCUUGUGAGAUGCAGCCUCUACCUGACAGAUGUGUGGCACCACAACUGCAACCUACAGAGAUCCUGUCUACCUGCUGCUGAUCCGCUGUGGUCGGCUGUGGAGGACUGAGACUGCUACAGCUGCACAUUUUAUCAUCACUUUUAUGAUCAGCGUCUGCCACUUCAAACAGGACCAGACUAAAGAGCGACAGUGGCUGCUUUUGGCUGAUCAUAGUGCCAGCAGUCACGGAGUACCUGUAGACCAUGGCUCUGGCUGAGCUGCUCACUUGAAAGCAGCAUGAGAUAACUGAAGACUAACUUGCUAAUUGCUGAUUCAAGCUUUUCUCAGUUUGAAGCUAAUGAACAUGUUCCAGUGUGUCAGCUGACUGACAGGGCUGCAGUGCUGUUCGAGCCAGAGACAAGUACAGUCACCACACAGGAGAUGGCUCGACCAGGAUCAGGGCUGCUGGCGCCCGUCAAUGGGCUGGGGUACCCGCCUCAGAACCUGGCCAGGGUGGUGGUCUGGGAGUGGCUGAACGAACACGGGCGAUGGAGGCCCUACAGUGCAGCGGUUUGCCACCAUAUUGAGAACGUAUUGAAAGGGGAUGCCCGGGGGAGUGUUGUUCUGGGGCAGGUGGAUGGACAGCUCUCCCCCUACGUCAUCGACCUGCAGUCCAUGCACCAGUUUCGACAGGACACAGGAACCAUGAGACCCGUGCAGAGGAACUUCUACGAGCCGUCGUCAGCCCCGGGGAAAGGCGUGGUCUGGGAGUGGGAGAAUGACAACGGCUCGUGGACGCCGUACGACAUGGAGAUCUGCGUGACCAUCCAGAAUGCCUAUGAGAAGCAGCACCCCUGGCUGGACCUGACCUCUCUGGGCUUCUGCUACCUCAUCGACUUCAACAGCAUGUGUCAGACCAACCGGCAGAGCCAGCGCAAGAGACGCCUGCGGAGACGGAUGGACCUGGCCUACCCACUCAUCAUGGGCUCCAUCCCCAAGUCACAAUCCUGGCCUGUGGGCGCCAGCUCGGGACAGCCGUGCUCCUGUCAGCAAUGCAUCCUGGUCAACAGUACAAGAGCGGCCUCUAAUGCUAUCCUGGCGUCUCAGCGGAGAAAAGUCUACGGAGGGACAGGGGGAAACUCUGGCGCGUCAGUAACCCUCACUGGGGUGCGGCAGAGCAACACCUUCGCUGGAACCUCCCUCUGGUCGCCAACAUCCGCCUCCUCCGGAACAAACAACAAUAACAUAAGUGUGGGAGGCGGGCACGCCAAAGCUGAACAGGUGCAGUCACCUCUCUCCUCUGCCAACUUCCCCUGCUCCCCCGUGAUGCCGUCUCUCUCAUCCGCCCAUGGCCACCACGCUCUCACCGUCAACGGACAGAACAACCUGAACCGGCCGGGCACACAGCGCAUUUCCAUGGGGACAGCCAGAGGAGCCAUCCCGCCAGGGGUUCCUGCACUCCCAGUAAAGAACCUGACAGGAUCUGGACCAGUGCACCCAGCAUUAGCAGGUAUGACAGGUAUCCUGAUGUGCGCUGCAGGUCUGCCGGUAUGCCUGACCAGGGCGCCCAAACCCAUACUGCACCCGCCGCCCAUCAACAAAAGUGACAUGAAGCCUGUGCCAGGGAUCAACGGCAUGCGCCGCAAAACCAAGAAAAAGCACCUGAGGAGAGGGAAAAAUCCAGAGGAUGUAGUGCGGAGAUACACAGAUAAGAUUAAAGUGGCUCCAGAUGAGGACUGUACCAUCUGCAUGGAGAGGCUUGUCAUGUCAUCCGGCUACGAAGGCAUCCUGCAGCACAAAGGCAUCAAGCCAGAGCUGGUCGGCAAACUUGGCAAGUGUGGGCACAUGUACCAUCUGCUGUGCCUGGUGGCCAUGUACAACAAUGGCAAUAAGGAUGGCAGUCUUCAGUGUCCAACAUGUAAAACCAUCUACGGGGAGAAAACAGGCACACAGCCUCCUGGGAAGAUGGAGUACCACGUCAUCCCCCACUGCCUGCCCGGCUACCCUGACUCCAAAACCAUCCGCAUCGUCUACGACAUUCCUGCUGGGAUCCAGACCAACGAACACCCCAACCCGGGAAAGAAGUUUAGUGCCAGAGGGUUUCCUCGACACUGCUACCUGCCUGACAACGACAGAGGAAGGAAGGUCUUGAAGCUGCUGAUAAUGGCCUGGGACCGACGCCUCAUCUUCACCAUCGGCACGUCCAGCACCACGGGGGAGUCGGACACAGUGGUGUGGAACGAGAUCCACCACAAGACAGAAUUCGGCUCCAACCUGACCGGCCACGGCUACCCUGACCCCAACUACCUGGACAAUGUCCUGACAGAGCUGUCUGCGCAGGGAGUCGGCGAGGACAACCUGAAGGACUGAUCUUGUCCUUAUACAAAGGAACCACAACCAACCAUGCAUUGCUGUCUGCAAGAAGACAGUGACACUGCAUGAUAGGUCAAAAUGCAGCCAAGAUCUCUGUAUUAUCCACAAACAAAAACACCCCGCAGAAGUGGUGGAGUAAGAGCAAUGGAAGCAAAAUAAAGGACAUGGCUCUAAUCCAUUUUUGAUAACUAUAAAUCUCCCCCCUGCUGUCUACUGAUCCAUGCCUAGAGCAUGCUGUGUUCAUGCCAAAUUUUCUCACAGGGAAAACGGUGUUUAGAAAAGGUGAGAUUUCUAUCCUGAUGUCAUUUGUUGCAGGUUAUCGAUUCAAACCGAAGCUGUUCCUCUGAACUUGGAGUAAAUAACAAGGGGCCAAAACUUAAAAAAAAAAAAAGAAGCAUAUUUAUAAAUGCUAAACUCCAGAAUGCAUGGCCCAGACUAAUGCUGCAAUGUUUUCAAUGUUGGGGGGACCUCUGCAAGAGACAAGCUGUCGAUAAAUCAGUUAUUGCUUGUUAUUGUGAAGAGAUUUGAGAAUUUCAGCAUUUUUAAUAAAUCCAAAAUUAUCAAGAAUGCUGAAAUUCCAAAUGCAUCAAUUAUUUAUUUUAAUCGUCUUUCUCUAAUAAUGAAUUAUUGUCCUGUAACAAAUGGUGAUACUUGAAAUUAUAAAUUUAACUAUAAAAGUGCAUCGAUAACAUUUCCCACUCCUGAAACUUACGGUCAGUUGUUCUGUCAAAUGGGAGUGUUUACCGUAGUGCAUGAAGUAGAAUCCAGAGCGGUAAAGGCUAUGAAAUAUUUAGUGUUUGGUAAUAAACGUAUGUUGUGAGGUUGACUUUGAAGACUGUCUCAGAGAGGAGGCGUGAAAUAGAUGAAACAAGCAUCUUACCAGCCAGUUUGAGGCUUGUUACGAGGUGUUGUUUCUUGAAGGGUUGAGGUUGUGAAGCAGAGGUUUGCCACGCUCCAAGGUUACACUCAUUUGUUUUGUUGACACACUGAUGACGCUGACCUCUGUGAAUAUAAAGCCUUCAUUAAUUUUCUCCUCGUUGAAGCGUAACCCAGCAAUGACAUGAUCCAUCAUGCUGGCCGUACAUGAGGGGCCAGUAUGUUGUUGCGUGCUCUGAGGCAUUCAUUUGCUGGCUUUCAGGAGAAAAGCUGAACACGCUCCUCACAGAUGGAUGUCCCUCUUUCAAACACCAACAGUUUGUCCCUGGAGACGCAGCUCGGGCAGCACUUCUGCUUGCCUGCAAUCUACAAGUCUCUAGUGAGCUUGUUUGCUGUAGGCAGAGCGCCGAGCUCCACUGCAUGUAUAGCCAGCAGUGAAACGUCUUAUUCCCAGUGCGAUCUCACACAGAGAUGUAAAGGCCAGUCCUGAUGUAUGGACUUGACCCUGCUCUUCUCCUCCUCAGCAGCAGAGCACUUCAUUUUAAGAACCAGGCAAUUGUUGGUCUAAUAUGUUGUUAGCUGGGUGCAAUUUUUUCCAAAGCUCUGUCUUUCCCCCUUUGGAUUUAAUGUCCUUGGUGUAGACUCUGAGAUAAAAGAUGGACCCAGUGCUGCAUAAUUCUCUGAUUCAUUUUGACGAGGACGGGUGUGGAUGUAGUGUUUCCUAAAGGCACCCAGCUGUGAGCUUAAUUUGGAGUAAAUCAUAGUCUUCCAGUGCACAUUGAGUGCAACAGUUUCAAUCAGUCGUUUUAUUUUAAGAAACAUAUCUUAAACUGCAGCUAAAUCUGUCUUUUUUUAGUCAAUGUUUAUAAGCUGGCUUGCAAUGCUUCAAAAAUAUAAAUAAUUUACAUUUGCAGAUCUUUAAAUUCAAGCUGAAUUUGAGUCGACGGUGUAAGUUUAAUUAUUUUUAUACUCUUCUGUAAAGAAAAUACAAAAACAUACUGACUGGCCGACAGAGGCCUAUCUAUACACAGGCACAUGUUGACAUGAAUACAUAAAAUCUGGCAAAGCCGGAUUUGUCAGUAUGUCAGGGACUGUUGAAAUAUGUACGACAUGUUAUGAACGUCUUAUAUUACAAGUAGUCUUAGCAUAUGCUGCUGUUGUUACCUUAAUGUAGAAUCGGUGUAGUUGACCUCAGUGGGACUCCAAUAAAUACAGUAAAUGUGUCUUUAUUAUCGGUGGGGGAGCUUUAGCAGCAUGAAGAUGGACGGCCGCCCCCCUCCCCCUCCCCUUUUCUACUUGACCAGAACAUGGGAAUGGAUGCAGUCAGCAAUCUUUGUGCAGUCCAAAGGUGAAAACAAAGAAUGCCUGGGUUAAUAAGAAGCUACAAAUGAUACUCAAUGAUUCUUAAUUUUUUUGCAUAGCAACACGCUUGUGUUAUCAUCCAAAUGUCAAUCUUCUGAAUUAAUUUCUUUAAGCCCUUUAACCUAAAUUUAAAUAAUCUUUUUACUGCUAACUCUAAAAUGAACCCUAUACAAUUUGUCCGAAGCUGGAACUAUUUUAGAUAUUGUACAUUGUGUUUGUGCGUUCCAUUAUUUGUCUAACAUCUAAACUAGCUAGUAUUCUUUACUACUGAGUUAAGAACAUAGUGAACUAGCUCUUUGAUAGUGAAACUCCUAUAAAAAAUCAACCAAUGUUGAGGCUAGUUAGCAAUGCAUGCUAGUUUGCUUUGACGGUUGCUGUAAAUAAGCUACAUAAAGGGUUCAAUUCUUUAUGAAAAACGUUUAACACUCAAGCUAGCUAGCAAUUCAUGCUAGUUAUUUAAGACUUGAGCUGUCGCUAAACUAUUUGAGUUCUUGAAAAAACAAACUUGUAAGCUAUCUGCAAUAGCUAGUUUGGAUUAGCUGUAAACAACUUAUUAAAAGGUUAAAAUCUUAGAGAAUUCGUUUUUUUUUUUUAGCUAGCUACAGAAUACGCUUGUUGGUUAGAUGUAAGCGAUAAAGCUAAUAAGAGUUCAAUUCUUCAUUAAAAUUAACAAACAUAUAAACUUGCCAGCAAUGCAUGCCAGUUGGCCUAGACAUUUGCUGUAAAAUAUUUUUAUGGGUUAAAUUCUUCAUUAAAAUUAAUUUACAUUUCAAGGGUGCUCGCAAUGUAGGCUAUUCUUGUUGGUCAGAAGUUGUCUGUAAAUUACACUCGAAGAAGCAAUCAACCACUUUGAUCGUUUCCUAAUCAUGAGCAAUAUAUAGGCCUACUACAGAAAGGGGAUUUGAACCAUUUUUCUAUGUCACUUAAACUUUUAGGCACAUCUGCAGGCUACAGAAAACGACAAACAAAUAUUUGUAUGCUUGAUAUAGACCCAGGUGUUAUCUUUGUUUGGCUUGUUCCAUCUCCUUCACAACCUUUUUGACUCCCUUUAUAUUACAGGACAGCAAAAGAUGAUGCUUCCAAUCUAUCAGGGAAUUUUUUCCACGUUAAGUAAAGUUACAUUAAAUAGAGGAAUCCAAUUAUUUGCUUCUUUGACUUUCUUUUCAAUGUGUCGGCCUUGUUGUAUGAAGGAUUAAGGCCGCUCAGACUUUUCAGGUGUGUACAGACUUAUAUAGGAAUGAUUCAUAAAACAUGGUUUGGUAUUUGUCUGAUUAAGAAAGAGAGAGAGAUGGUGUUUAUGCAAUUUACUAUUUUUAAGAUAAUAUAGGCCUACAUGGUGUAUGUGUAGCAACAAGGCUGUUUUUUGUUUGUUUAUAUGACAAUGGAUGUUUUCUUUAUGGGGUGACACCUACAGGUUUUUAAACAAAGGGGUUGCAACCCGAGGAUGUCCACAUGCUAUGUAUUAGAAAACAUAUAUUUUUUAUGUCUUUUUUUUAAUAAUGAUUGUCUCUAGAAGAUAUAUAACAUUGCUGUAUUACUCUUAUUAUGACCCAUUCCAUACCAUUUUCCAUUUGAUGAGAAGUGGGAUAAGAAUGAUUCACUUUUUCUUAACAUAUGAGGUAUUAACAGUUGUACUCUCACAGUUGUACUCUCUUGAAAUGAUACCAUAACUAUUUCUGUUGGUAUACUGUAUGUUUGUAUCUGUUCGUCUGUGUGAGUGUGUGUGUGUGUGAAUGUGUGCUGAGUGUGUGUCCAGCAAACAAAUCUUAGGUUCAUGUCCUUUAAAGAUACAGUAAUGUUCUCCUAGAGGUGCAUGUUAACCAAACUGUGAGCAGGUUAAUUGAUAAUGCAUAGCUUUUUGCGUCUGAAAACAUCAUAGCUUAUUUAGAAAUAUCACCCAAGUCUCCUUGGGAUUUAGCACUGUGGUUUUGCAUCUUUCUCCAGAUAGUUGGAAAGGUUUUUCCUCUUUCAGGUUUGAUUUAUACAGAUGGGGAAUGAGACAGCGUUUGGCUGCUCUCCUCACUGUUUCUACUUGUAAAACAUCUGAAUGUUUUGCAUUUUAAGUGCCCAUUUUAAUUGGCAUUUUCAAAUCAUGAGAUUUGUGGUUUGAUUUUAAGCUGUGUCUACAUAUUGCUAUUGAAAAUUGUCCACAAAGAGUAACUGAGAUAAACUAAAAGCAAGGUAUAGAGACAUUGAUUAAACUAUAAAGGGCUUCUUAAUCUAUCAGUCUUUAUUGAAUUGUGAUGACCUUGUUGCAUGUUUGUGUGUUUCUUGUGGAAAAAUAAAUGUGCCCUGGACAAGGGUAGUUUGUUUGA